AAAAAAGUAAAAGCCAGGCUUGUUUGAAUCGUCGAAUCUAGCUAGCUGCCGUUUCCGUGCUUUUAUUGGUUUUGUUCGUUCGUUCGUUCGUUUUGUUCUUUCCUUGUGGCCGUCCAUGGCGGAUAACAACAGGAGCUCGAGAAUUAGGGAGGAUAAACGGGAAGAGGAGAAGGAAGAAGAAGAAGAAGAAGACGUGAAGAUGGAGAACUUUUUUGCGCUGAUUCGGAGCUUCAGAGAGGCCAGAAAUUAUUACAAAAGAAAGGAAAUGAAUGAGUUGGAGAAGAAGAACAGCAGCCACAAGAAGACGAAGAGGGUGGGCGGAGAACAAUCGAGCUGUAAUUGGGUCCCAAAGUUCGAGCAAGAGGAUUUUGCGAGAGAGGUUGUCGAGUUCAGAAGGACUCCUCUAAUCUUUCCUCGACCACACAACGAAGAGAAAAACAAGAAAGAAGGAGAAGAUGAUGGUGGCCUAGAUCUCAGACUCACCCUUUAGCAUGCAGUACUACGGUCUUCACUGUUUUUCUUCUUCAAUCUAAUCGUUCGUUCGUGUAGUUUAAGGUUUGGUGUUUUUUUUUUUUUUUUUUUUUGGCUUUCUGGUAAUUAUGGACCACCGAUGGAAUGUAAAUUAAGAAAAAACAGAAACCAAGAACGGACUCCGUCGCAGCAGGGGGAUCACAACAUUCACAUCCAUGCGUUUGAAUCUGUAACUGAUCUGUCGCAUAGAAGAAGAUUCAAUAAUAGCUAGGAAUGUUAUAA